AUGAAAGAUACGCUGUUCAUCGAAACCCUAAAAUCCUUCAACGAGUUGACAGAAGAUGAUCAGAAAAAGUGCAAGGAGCUGUUCGAAAGACCUCUCCACCGCAAAAUAAAAAAAAAUAAAUACAUGAAGCUUACACAGGAAAUUCUCCAGAAAUUUCCAAAUGAAAGUCAGAAGAAGCCGUAUUUCUUGACAUUUCAGACAAUAACUUUGCACGUCAAAUACAGUGCUCUAAUAUUUAGUCUUUGUGGGAUUUUCGAAAGUUUCCAUUUCAUCAUUUACGUCGGAGUCUUUGAGGAUAAAAAAGUUCGGGAAAAGGAGGUAUUUAUCUGUGAUAUUUUGAUCAACUUGAUAAAAAACGAAUUGCCCAAUUUGAAAAAUUUCACUAUGAAAUUUGUUCUACUUCACAAUAACUUGAUUAAUGGAAAUGUGGUCAAGAUUCUUUCAGAAAUGGAGUCCAGCAUCUGCAGUCAGUUUUUAUUCAUAGCUGAUCCGGGAUAUUGGAGAUAUUCAAAUAUGCAUAACCCCUAUGCUCAAAAUAUUUGUUUUGAAAUUCUAAACAAUUCCAUAUCCGCAGAAAAUAUAGAAGAAAUAUUCAGCAAAUAUAGGAAGAUAACUGGCACAAAGAACCUUCAAUAUUUGGAACAGUUUGUAAGGGACUUUCAUAACCUUUCCCGAGUACUAUUGGCUGACAAUGUGUCCAUAACACUGCACCUUUGCACCUUGGAAUGUGUGGAUAAUUUUGAAAUUAUAAUUCGCAGUCACAUGGAGGGCUUAAAGGAGCACAUAACUCGAAAUCUGAUAUUUGAACUUUUGAGAGCAUUGAUCAUUAUCUAUGGCCGCUGAAGCAGGCAGGGC